AUGAAACCAGAAACUUUAGUUAUGAAAAUAAUAGAAGCUAUGGAAACGAAUUCGCCGACUCUAAUAACUUACAACGGUAAAAAAGUGCAUAUAACCCAAAAGAUUAUCGAUAAAUACAAACAUUGCAAAGUCAGAGACGAUAUAGACUUGGAAAGAAUUGAUGAGAAUUUAACUAAAAAAGGUGGAUUUUUACCUUUCUUGCCUUUAAUCUUUGCUGGUUUAGCUGCAGCUGGUGCAACUGCUGGUGGAGCUGCUGGGAUAGCCAAAGCUGUCAACGAUAAGAAAGCUGAAGCCGCUGCAAACGCCGAAGCACGUAGACACAAUUUGGCAAUGGAAAGAGAAGCACGAGGAGGUUCGGGAGUAGGAGAUAUAUUAGGGACGGUUAAAGAAUUCGGACAAAGAUUUGGCGAAGAAACCAAGAAAACCGUUAAAGAGGGAUUAAGCAAAUUAAUAGAUAAAAUCGACACCGGAGAAAUGAAGGUCAAACACAAGGGCAACGCCAUAUUUUUUAAAAACAUACGUUCCUGCGAAGGAAUCUUCCUUUCAAAGUAUAAAGGCAACGGAGUGAUUUUUGGUUCUGGGAAAACUCAUCUCACUUUUAACAUGUUGACAACACCAAACCUUUUAGAUUUCGUUUCUCUGUAUAUCUACACAACAACACCAGAGCAAUCGUAUUAUGAAUUCCUCAAAGCUUUAGAAUAUUUACCAAAGAAAGAUGUUCAAGACAUAUUUCAAUAUUACGAAGAAAACGAAGAAUAA